AUGGGGAAGACGGGUCAGAGCACCGUGGAUCUCAACUCCCCCUCGGAGGUCAAGCAGGCAGCCCCCUUUGAGACUCCGGACCCCACAGUCCCUGAGCAGGACAAGCAGGACGUUCCCGACAGGGGCACCUGGAAGGGCAAGUUCGACUUCCUGCUCUCCUGUGUUGGGUAUGCCAUCGGCCUCGGCAACGUCUGGAGGUUUCCCUACCUGUGUGGGAAGAACGGAGGAGGAGCCUUCCUAAUACCCUAUUUCCUGACCCUGGUGUUCGCCGGGAUUCCGCUCUUCCUUCUGGAGACGUCUCUCGGACAGUACACCUCCAUCGGUGGACUGGGAGUGUGGAAACUACUGCCCAUGAUGAAAGGUGUCGGUCUGGCUGCGCUCGUGCUGGCUUUUUGGCUCAACAUCUACUACAUCAUCAUCAUUGCCUGGGCACUGUACUACCUGUUCAGCUCAUUCAGAUCGGAGGUUCCGUGGCAGAGCUGUGGGAACCCCUGGAACACGGAGCGCUGCUUCUCCAACUACAGCCUCAGCGACACCACCAAUCUGACCAGCGCCGUCACAGAAUUCUGGGAGCGGAACAUGCACCAGCUGACCAGUGGCUUGGAGGAGCCCGGGGAGCUGCGUUGGCCCCUCGUGGGAACUCUGGCUCUGGCCUGGGUCCUGGUCUACUUCUCCAUCUGGAAGGGAGUGGAAUGGACAGGCAAGGUGGUGUACUUCUCUGCUACCUACCCCUACUUCAUGCUCAUCAUCUUGUUCUUCCGUGGAGUCACCCUGCCCGGGGCCAGGGAAGGAAUCCUCUUCUACAUCACACCCGACUUCAAGAAGCUGACCAGAUCAGAGGUCUGGCUGGAUGCUGCAACUCAGAUCUUCUUCUCAUAUGGCCUAGGCCUGGGAUCUCUGGUGGCCCUGGGCAGCUACAAUCCCUUCCACAACAACGUGUACAGAGACUCUAUCAUCGUGUGCUGCAUCAACUCCUGCACCAGCAUGUUUGCCGGCUUUGUCAUCUUUUCCAUCGUGGGAUUCAUGUCCUACAUCACCAAGAAGCCCAUCCAGGAGCUUGCUGCAUCAGGACCUGGGCUGGCAUUCCUAGCUUACCCCCAGGCUGUUACACAGCUGCCCAUGUCCUCCCUGUGGGCCGUCCUGUUCUUCUCCAUGCUCAUGAUGUUGGGGCUCGACAGUCAGUUCUGCACAGUGGAAGGCUUUAUAACGGCUCUGGUGGAUGAGUACCCCUUGGUGCUGAGGAAGUGGAAGAAGAGCUUCAUCCUGGUUGUGUGUUUGGUGUCUUUCAUCAUUGGCUUCUCAAACAUCACACAGGGGGGUCUGUACGUCUUCAAGCUGUUUGACUACUACUCUGCCAGCGGGAUGUGCCUCCUAUUCCUCGUCUUCUUUGAAACCAUCUCCAUAUCCUGGUUUUAUGGAGCAGAGAAGUUCUAUAGGAACAUUGAGGAGAUGAUCGGGUACAAGCCCUGUAGAUUUUGGAAGGUCUGUUGGAUCUUCUUCACUCCUCUUAUCUGUCUGGGAGUUUUCACCUUCAGUGCCAUUGAGAUGACCCCUAUCACAAUGGGCAAGUAUGUGUACCCAGCCUGGGGUCAAGGAAUCGGUUGGCUCAUGUCUCUCUCUUCCAUGGUACUUGUGCCUGGCUAUAUAAUCUACAAGUUCUUCAUCACCAAAGGGAGCUUCCGACAGCGCUGGCAUACCAUGGUAACACCCGUUGAAGACACUGAUGCUCAGGAAAGUAACGAAUUCACACACAAAACCACACUAGCUGGGAUUGUUGGGGACUCUUCCGUCUAG